GUAAACUAGUUAAGCAAGUAAAGAACAGAAACUACAUUCGUAAAUAUUUUUUACACUCUUUUCUCUAUAUUGUUGUGCAAAACCUAGUUUAGUGUUUUAUGUGCCUUAUUGUGACAAUUAGGAGCAACUUUUACACGUGUUUCAGUUGUGUUCAUAGUUCGUAACGCAAACUUUAGCUGGCUAAAUAACUUUGGAUCUAGUUUUUAAGACUGCGAAAUAAAUCGCUUCGUGAAGUUUCCAUGGUUUUUACAGCGAAAUGGACGAUUUUGUCAAAUCUGGUGACACACCGAAUUCGGGCCAGUGAAGCGUCCACCGCGUGGUGGCCGCUAAGCUGGCGCGAGUCAUGACGAAGUUACGACACCUCAGGACAAACGCUCAUGGCGCAGGGGGCUAUGAGGUGACAGUGGGCCCGGGCGCCAGCGCCGUGGCGGUGCCGAGCGGCUCGACGAGCGGCGCGGCCGUCGCCUGCGCGCCGGACGCCGGGCUCGUUGGCGCCCACCAGCCUUUACAGCACCAAUACGCUACGCAAGAGCAAAUGGUGAGGCACCACGAGCCGCGCAAGAGGAAGCCGUACUCGGACGAGUACGAGAUGUCGGGGUGCGAGUCUGCGUUGUCCGCGCCGUCCCUGCCCGCCGCCAGCGCCACCAGGAAGCGCAAGUCUUCUUACGCUACGAGCAGCGCCUACGAGGACGACGGCGAGGACGCGCGCUCCACGCGCACGCUGCCCGACAAGAAGCAAAACCACAGCGAGAUCGAGAAGCGCCGGCGCGACAAGAUGAACACGUACAUAACGGAGCUGAGCUCCAUGGUGCCGAUGUGUGGUGCUAUGGCGAGGAAGCUCGACAAGCUGACGGUCUUACGCAUGGCAGUCCAGCACCUGCGGUCGGUGCGGGGGGCGCUGUCGGCCUGUCCCCUCACCGCGCGCCCCCGCCCCGCCUUCCUCUCUGAAAGGGAGCUCAAUGCCCUGAUCCUGCACGCGGCUCAUGACUGCUUCUUGUUGGUCGUCGGCUGCGAUAGAGGGCGUCUGUUGUAUGUGUCAACCUCUGUCAGCAAGAUGCUGCAUUAUGAGCAGUCCGAGUUGCUCGGACAGAGUCUGUUCGACAUCCUCCAUCCGAAGGACGUGGCCAAGGUGAAGGAGCAGCUCUCCUCGUCCGACCUCAGCCCCCGCGAGCGCCUCAUCGAUGCCAAGACCAUGCUGCCCGUGAAAGCCGACGUGGUGGCGGGGGCGUCGCGGCUGUGCCCCGGGGCGCGGCGCUCCUUCUUUUGCCGCAUCAAGUGCCGACUGCAGCCCCCGCCCGACGCCGACCCCGCGCCUAUCAAAGAAGAGGCCGACCCCCCCACCAACAUGCGUAAGAAACACAAUGAGAAGAAGUAUUGUGUGGUUCAAUGCACUGGUUACUUAAAAUCGUGGGCACCAGCAGAGAUGUGUGAGGGCGGGCGCACGUCCGAAGGGGGUGAGGAGGGCGAAGCAUGUAACCUGUCGUGCCUGGUGGCGGUGGGGCGGGCGCUGCCGGACCUAGCGCCGGCGCCCGCGCGCCCCGUUGCGGCCGUGGUGCCCCCCACUCGCAGGCUGCAGUACGUGUCGCGACAUGCUACGGAUGGGAAGUUCCUAUUUGUUGAUCAAAGAGUGACGCUAGCACUCGGCUUCCUGCCGCAAGAGCUCCUGGGCACCAGUUUGUACGAGUACGUGUCGGGCGGCGAGCUGGGCGCGGUCGCGCGCACGCACAAGGCCGCGUUGUUGCGCAGAGAGGCGCUGCACACGCCGCCGUACUCCUUCAGGCGCAAGGAUGGGACCCAUGCGAGGAUCCAAACCCAUUUCAAGCCAUUUAGGAAUCCUUGGACUAAAGACGUGGAGUGCCUCGUGGCCAACAACACGACAGUACUGGACUCGAUGGACACCAGCGAGGAGCCCGAGGCGCACGCUUCCUACGACAUGUUCCGACAGACGAGCAGCGAGUCGGCGGCUGAGCACGUGCUGGUUUCAGAAACGGACACCGAGGUGCAGCGGUUGAUUGACUCACAAGUGGAGUCCCACAAGAUCGGCAGCGCCAUAGCAGAGGAAGCGCUUCGGUGCUCCUCAUCUGAAUUCUCCCCGGAUCUGCCAGGGGAUUUGUUGCAAGACGCGGUGUUCAGCCAACAGUGCGACUCCGCCCAAGGCGAACAAGAGGCCGCCGCCGAUCGCUCCUUGGCUUUCUCACCGUCCUUGGACUCUGUGGACUUGUCGCCCGAAUUGUUGCAAGACAUUUUAGUUGAAGAUCAGUCAUUGGUGGACAACAUCCUGGGCGCGGACCCGUGCGCGUUCGGGCUGGGUCAGGUGCGGAACAACGUGUCGCUCAGCUCGGUGGCGCACUCCUCGCCACCGCACCACCCGCAGGCGCCACCCAAUGGCGCAGCAGUGGGUACUCCUCCCCCCGCCAGCCCCCCAUUACCACCCCUCGGGCUUGACGGCAACGGCGAGGCAGCGAUGGCAGUCAUCAUGAGUCUACUGGAGGCCGACGCGGGACUUGGAGGCCCGGUCAACUUCUCAGGCCUGCCCUGGCCCCUGCCCUAAUCCAAUCAAGGACAGUUAGGUAUACCAUGCAGGUGUAAUCGUUAAGUAAUCCUUAGAAACAUCGGCGCAUGGCUGCUGAUAUCUUUUUAUUUUACUUAUUUAUUGAGGUGUGACAAUUAAGUUUCUAUAUCGUCAACUAGCUUGUAUGUAGUCCGCGUCACGAAUCACUGUCCCGCAGAGGACGGCGCUACUAUCGCUGACAUAUAGCUAAUAUGUUAUCGAUAGUUCCACAUAACGACACGGAAAUUGCAUUGGCGCACACUUUACUCACUAAAACAAUUUAAAAACAAAUUAAUGCAAAUUGUUAGCACACGUAUUUAAAUUGAGCAUUCCCACUUAGACAAGCUUCGAUACAGACAUACAGUACACUACUACAUUCAGAAAGCUUUAUAAAACUGUGGUGAAGGUAUUUUCUAGAUUUAUCUAACGAAUUUAAUAAUAAUAUUUGGCGUAUUAUAUCGAUUGCGAAAACUUAACGAUUACGCCAUUGAUAUGCUAAAGCCAGGAUUGAUUGAAAUGUGAGCAAAGGACUCAAGCGAUGAUUAUUGUAAUACUAAUAACAACGCAACAGGCAUGAUGAUCAUGUAUGUAAUUUACAGAAAACGAAGUGAUGUAUUUAGUUUUGUAACGAAUAAACUAAAAAUCUACUAGACUACUACAUUUUGAAGAAACUUCUAAAAGCACAAGUUUCACCAAAAUCCGUCUAGUUGUCUACUUGUACAAUAAAGGUUAAAUUAACUUUGUACAGAGAUAGAAUAGAUCUCCAGGAGAAAUAUUAAUACCUAAGUCGCGGGCGGACCUUUUAUGAAACUGUAAAAAAUUUAUAGAAAUUAUCUGUUAUACCAAAUUUCAAUAAAGUUUUAUUCGAAUCGUACAACCCGAGCGCGUCACACAAAGCACUGGUAAUGCUGUUCCAGUCUAUGUUUGUUCCAAUUUUCGUGAGCUCAUUUUAUCAUCAUGCCUGUUAUGCAUACACGAAUUUAUUAGGUACAAUAUACGUAUCUGUUUAUUGUAGGUGCCUAAUUAUUAAAUCGAAUUUCAUCUAAUAACCGUGUCUAUAUUUAGACAGUAGAUAAUGUAACGACGUAUGUGCCCGCCCCGUAGAGUAAUGCAUUGGGAGAUUGCUUGAUAUCGGCUAUUCAUUUGGACAUACCACAUAAAAUGUUACUUUUUAUCAGUAAGUACCUCGUUAUUUUUAUUUCGCAACUCUACUAGAAGAAAUAACAUCUUUGUACUUAACCUAUUUUUAAAUUUUAUCUCUUAACAUAAAAAAUAAAAUAAACAAUCUUAAAAUAAGUUCGGCUCAUGAAUGUGCAAACGAAACCAUAGCGAGAUGUAAAACUGUUUUGCGUCACCUAUCGGUUUGAAGAUAAAUCUUACAAGACCAAUUGUGUGUUUGGAUAUGAAUUUCAAAAUACCACACUUAAAUCUUGAUUAGAUGAUACUCGUAUCUGCAAACUUCUUCGCCUGCAUGCUACAGACAGAUUUAUUAAUUUGAGAUAUUGUUCUGACAGAUUUUAUCGAUGAUGAUAGAAGGCCGAAAUCUUUUCGAAAUGCAUUACUACUACAGAGCAAAAAAUGUGGAUUUUGUCGGCCUCAUAAUAGCUAAACACAUAAGUACAAUUAAAGUCUAACGUUUGCUUAAACUUCUUUGUAUAGAUCGCAGUAGUUAGCCUAAUAUACUUUAAAAUUUUAUUUCAAUGGCAAGACUAUUAGGAAGAAAAUUCCCGGUAGAAAAAUUACUCGUUAGGACUAAAUUAAAUUAAAUUUAAGCUUAAUUCGUGCGUCUCUUUCUAUAUAAAUGUAAACAAAAAGAGAAAUGAAAGAUAUCUUGCACAAAAUUAAUUUUAAUUUGGAUGAUACAGUGUUUAGCUAAUUCUCAGUCCGACCUCAGUCGCCAUAAGAUUGUAAACAACGCCGUUUAUAAUCUAAAUCGCAAACUGUCUCUCGAUAAAGUGAUAAUUGGACACACCAAUUAUAUGUGAAGCAUUAUUGUUAAUAGUUUAGAAUCUAUAGCGCCGGUCCCGUCUCAUGUAAUUUGACGAUUUUAAGCUGGUAAAUAAACAAUCGAAAAAUUAUGCGUUCAAUUGUAAAAUAUUUCUACACAAAAUGCCAAUUUAAAAAAAAAAGGUUGUGUUUCAGAUUACAAAUGAAAAAUGUUAUUUACAAUUUUAUGGUAAUAUACUUACGAAAGCGUAUUUGAUUGGUAUAUUAUACAUUAUUUCAAACAGUUUGUUUCUGGUUGAGGUUGCACAAUAUAACAUGCUUAUUGGUGCUUAAUUAUCAAAGUUAAAACGUUAAAGUGCAUAAGUAUGUAUUGUUAGCAAAAAUAUAGCUACAUUGUUUAAAUCGAACUAGGCGUAGUUCGGAGUUACAGCUAACCGUAACCUAACCGAACUCAUGCAAGUAUGCCCUACAGCUACUCAGAAGCAUUAGCUUUUGAGUAGCAGUAGGGCAGCCUUAUAAUCCUAAUAAGAAUAUAAGACGGACGGAUAUUACAUAAUUUCUUGAUCGUGCAACCUCCGUCGAGCGCGCGCUGUUAGAGUAGCCAAACGCGGCCUAAUUUAUUAAUUAAUUUUAAGGACUAUCAUAAAUUAUUAUAUUUCGACCAAAAGACAUCGUGAACAGCAUGUGGCAAAAAAUAUUUUAAAAUAUACUUAUUCUAGAUCUAUUUAGGAACCAAAAAUACAGGUGCCAGGUCCGAAAGGAUGGGUAAUUCAGGGUAAUUGCCGCGUGCUGUUAUAUAACGUGCUCAUUUCUAACUCGACCAAGUUCAAGGGCCAUUCUAACACUUUACAAUUUAGAUUUCGAUGCGGCAUCGCUGUUUUAAGAUAACUUGUGAUAUUUUGAAAUUAACUCAAACUCGUGUAGGAUACAUAUUGUAGCGGCCACGGCAGCAUUACUGCUUAGUCUUCGCGUCCUUAUUGCAAUUAAGUCAUUGUAUUGUAAUUUCACUUCCAUCGAACCAUUCCAUCUGUUUUACAACAUACCACACACCGAAUUGAGAUAAGUAGCAUUACAUUUAAUUUCAGCUGAAUAUAAUUCCUCGGGCGAAACAAUAUAACGCGAUUUUUUAAAAAUAGAGCUCUCCACCUGGAUCAGAUUGUCUGUGCCCCUGACGACCACUUGCAAACAUUAUUGACCAAACUAUAUUUAAACCGCGGCUUCGCUCGCAUGAAUAUCGUCAAAAGUUGUCGAUUCAGUGUUAAUAUCAUGGGGCGCCAUUAGGCAUAGUCUGGCUUUGAAAAAAUGUAUCUGUUAACGUCCCGAAAACAGUGUAGCGUAGACAUUUCUUAUAUUAUCUACUCUCGCACGCAUUGCAUGUUUAAACGUAGUAUACAGCCGAGUCGGUUCUUGAUACAUGUUGUAUCCACUUGCCUUGCACAAUUAGGUAUAUGAAGUUCGCAUCGUAACUGAAUAUCUUUUUCUGUCAACAUUAAAUGUGACUUUGAGAGAACAAUUAAUUAAUGUCAUUAAACAAAUUAUAUUAUUAUACAGAUAUAGUCGACCUGGAUAUAUUAUUACAUAUAUUGUUGACUGUACCAUGCAUAAAUCUUUGUAUUAAUAGUAUUCGCGGACUCGUGCAAUUAUUAUACAGGUAUCGUCGUUAUAUAACCAAAGGACCAUGGGCAUUUUGGCCCAAAUUUAAUUUUCAUCCAACAAUUAUUAGUAGGUCAUAUACAAAAAUCGAGUAGGUCGUUUCUUGAAAUGAAUUAUGUUACAAAUGUAUGACAUUUUACUGUUAUUCAGAUAUUUUUUGAAAAUGCACCGAAAUAUAAAAUAAUAUCAAAAAGAACUUUGUUGCCUUAAUAUGUAAUGAAGUAGACGCUAAAAGCGUUCCGAUGAAGAGCGUCACGACUCGUCAGUCUAACUCCGACGAGUUAGACCAAGCUUCAUACUAGAUUGCCCUUGGUCUUUGAAUCUUAAGAAUACAUGUUAUGAUGGUGUAUGAUUAUGAUUUAAACUUGCCUUUAUAAGUUUUUAAUGUAUGUUGUAAAUUGUUGUUUUCGUCUUGAUAAUUCUAUAGUACAGUUAUUUCUUUAUUAUGUUAUUAUUAUUAAAAUAAAGUAUUUGGA